ACGCAAGUGAUUCCUUUAGCUGGCACACAACCAUGUCCAGCAUUACCCAGUGGCUGUUAGACCCCCGCAUACACGACUACCUUGCCAUCGUAAAAGGCGCACGUAAUGGCUUCGUGUACGGAGUCAAAGUCAGAUUCCCUCACGCGUUGAUCAUGGCCAUUCUUUUUGGUCGAGGAGACUGGAGAUCUCGUUUUCUUGUUAUAUACAAAGCAACCAAGCAGCACGCCUUCAACCUAGCAAAGUUUGUUUCACUCUACAAGACACUGUUGUUACUUCAACGAAAGGCAAACGGAGGGAAACAGCGUAGCGCGGAUACAUUUGUGGCUGGCUUGUUGGGAGGGUACGUGGUCUUCGGCGAUCGAUCAGCCGUGAACGAACAGAUAGUCCUUUACGUUGUAUCCCGGGUCAUUGCUUCGUUCAUGCCACGCGCAGGUAGUCCAUACUCGAAGGCGCCUGCAGGCGCGUCUGGAUCUGUGGUGAAACCUAUCCCGCCAGACCCGCGGUAUUUCUCUGUCUUCGCGGCUCUAUCAUGGGGUGCCGUCAUGUGGCUGUUCCAGCACCGCGGAGAAGCCAUUCAACCUGGCAUGUUCAACUCGAUGACAUACCUUUACCGUGACUCCGAGGUAUGGACUGAUCUUAGGACAUUGUUAUGGCAUAAUACAUAGAGGGAUAAUAGAUUUUAA